AUGCUGAGCCCUACUUUUGUUCUGUGGGAUAUUGGCUAUAACUUAUAUACCUAUAGUUCUAUUCUAAUUAUUAUCCUAAUUCUCUGUCAAGUGAAAAGAAAUUAUCAUAGAAUAACAUUGGAAUCUAAAAGGAGUGGCUACCAGCAUUACCGAAAAGUCAGGAAAAAAACAAGAAAUGAGGCAUCAACAGCAAGGGGAGAUUCUGGAAAAAAACCUGAUAUGCCAAAGAAGCUGCUUUCUGUGAUUAAAAGCCAGGGCUGGCUUCCUCAGGAGGGAAGUGUGCGGAGGCUCCUGUGUACAGAUCCCAGAUGUGACAUCUGCAAUGAUGUGGCUCUGGACAUUCAUCAGCUGCUGACAGGUAAACACACACCAAUCUCCAAAAAUGCAUUGAUACCAUCAAAGUUUUCUACAUACCAAGAAAUUAUGUCUGGAUCUACUGUGACUUUUGAGCCGAAACAAGAGAGCCAUUUCCUGUUACACUCCAAUGAGCCGACACUUUCAUCUGCAGUCCCUGUGGUAUCACAUGUCAAACACCAGAGCUCCUUCACCCAGCUGUGUGCCCAGUCACCUAGUGCAGUAAGCACCUAUGACUAUUGGGCUGAGCAUGACCAGCUAAGGCAGGAGUUUCAAUUCACAGAGAUGUCCCCAGACCACGAGACCAAUUUUUGCUUACUACCAGAGGACCAGAAUGUUCCAGAGUCCCAGCAGACAAUGAUGCAGAGAAGCUCAAACUUCCUCUGCGGGUUUCAAGGCCUGAAUUCCUCUGUCUCGGUGCUGACUAUGAGCCAAGACGUAACUGCCGAUACCCUGACACAUCCUUUGUCCUUGCACAUAGUUGCUGUGCACCCUGCAUACCCACUGAAUCUUAGUCCUGAAAGCCUGAGGCUUCUUGAGAUGCAUGUGAAAAAAUGGAUGCAUUUCCAGAGGUGGGGGCUUCCUAGACGUGUGGAGGAGUCAAUGAGGCAAAUUAUGCCCUGUUCACCACUGUUUUACCAACCUGAAAACAACCAACCAGUUUGUUUCAUCCAUAAUAAUCCUCUUAAUUUAACUAUUGAAAGAUUUGGGACCAUGUCUUAUCAGACCUGGGGUUCAUUUAUGGCUGGCCAGCCCACCCAGAUCUUCUGGGUUUCAGAAUGGUCCAUGGUUAUAGACCCAGAACAAAGAUAUACCUACCAACAAAUACAAAAUCAUCUGACUCUGGUCUUGCCUUCUCCAGCUUUUAAAGACUUUGAUGGCCUCAAUACACUUCCUGGCCAACAGAUUAAUGAUCCAGUGAGUCAUUUGCAACAGAAAUACAGACAGCUAUUCUGUGGUCUCCCUUCUUUGCAUAGUGAGUCCCUGCUUGGGGCAUGGGGUACUCAAGGAUUCUCCUUGAAUGGAACUAUGUCCAAGCUUUCUAUGAAAGACCCUUUUCUCUUUCAAGAACUUUCUUUUCUCCCCCCGCUACCUAAAAUUUUACCUCAGUUAACCCAACUCCCUUCCCAAUCAUUCUCAAAUGAGGUCACUUCAGCAGACCAUCCACAAGCUGAGAUCAAUGUUCCAUUUCUGACUCUAGCUGAGUGUGAAGCCUUGGAAUGGCACAUGAUACAAAAGCAGCUCCAAGUGCAGUGGGGCUUGCCAGCAAUUUUUCAAGGAUCUCAGCCUGCCCUCAGCCCCAUGCACUGUAGAUCAUAUGACAAAGCCCAGUCCUCUGGGAUAGUGAAAACUUCUUGGUCAGGGAAGCACACCUCAGUUCUCAGAAGGAAAUUCUUCCCUCUGGAGAAUUCCAGAAGGUCACUGAAUGUCCACCUCCAGAGGCAAUUGAGUCAUCAUUGCUGGGGCCUAUCUGAGAAGACCCAGAAAUCCAGUCAACAUGUCUUGGCUCAUAAUAACCAGCAGCUUCUGUCAUUAAGAAGCACAAGAGUAGACUCCAAUGUGGGUACAUUCCAGCCUGCAGACCAAGAAGCCACCUUAGUUGAUGAGUCAUUCACAAAACUCAUGGACACAGAAUUAGUCUACAUGCCAUUCUUGUGUGCCCAGGCCAAGGCAAUGUUACAGAAUCACAUACACACAAAAUGUGGACAGAUUCUCCAGGGAAACAUUCCUGCCUGUGUAUAUAGUUCCCAGGAGUGUAUGAUUCCUGGAGGCCAACAAGUGACUCCUUUCACUUGUAUCCCAGAAAGCAAGACCUUGGAGCUACAGGCAUCAGCUGGCCCUGACUCAAAAGACAAAGUGAUGCCCUGGAUGCCAAUGACCCUUGAUCAACAGCAACAAAACCCAUCAAUUAUAGACACUGAACACCCUAAGCUGUCUGAAAACUUAACAAAGGAAGUCAUUGAGAAGUUGGAGGUAACUUUAAGGCACAAAUAUAUGACCUUCUUGUCAGGGCUUCCUGAUCUUUAUUAUGUGGCUCUCUCCAGAGCUGUAUCCCCUGAAAACACUACCCAGGCUAUAACCACAAAUAUGGUGGAUAAGCCUGUUGAAAGACUAGCAGAACCUGUUGCUCCUAUGCUCCCAUUGGAAGAGCAGUGUCUGAGUCCUGCACCAUGCUUGCAAGACACUGGUAACACAUGUACUGAUAGUCCACACCAGUUCCAAGAUGAAGUACAAAAUAAAGUUGUGGCUGAGCCAGUAACUCUAGAAAGUCAGUCAGAGCCUCCUUGGUACAUUUCAUUCUCCAAAACUAAAUGGUCCAAACUGAAUUUCCAUCUAAAAAAAAAGAUCCUAGAGGUACAUUUGGGAAUUCCCAUAAAGGCAAGAAAAUCCAGGGAAUUAAUGCUACCAAUAUCAAAAAAAAUAACUACACAGGGGUCUCUUGAGAGUUUAAAUAAACAGGAGAAAGUAUUACCCAAAGAUCUUUCCAAUCCACCAAAUAGUCCUUGUGAUCCAGAUCUAGAACAAUUCUACCAUAAAAAACAGCUGGGGAUUGAGUUAAAAGCAAUGCAGAAGAAUCAGAAGCAACCUCUUUCCUACACAGUAUCCCAUGAUUCUGGCCAGUGGGUUUCCAAGAUCCCACAGCCCACUAGUGACAUGACAGCAGCACAAGUUCUCUGUGUUCAGCUGGAGAAAAAUCUCAACACCCCCAACCUAGAUGAGGCCUGGGAUCAAGAACCCCACAGCUCUAGCAAAAAGAAAGACUCAGCCCAAAUCCCCACAUUGACAGAAAAGAGAGAAGAUUUAGGGAGACACAAAAAUGUGGGUAACCAGGGAGAGGGGGAUGCAGGGUUUGUACUAGCCUCAAUUAAAGGAAGUCUCCUUGCUGAAGGUCAGUGUCAAAAAGGGACACUUCUGAACAAAACACUAUAUAGCCACCAACACGGGAGCCAUCAACACAGUCGCCAGACUAUGCAGAAUGCUUCCCAUCAACCCAGUCGCCAGGAUUGCCCUCAACUUAUGCUUUUAAAGCAAACUCUAGGAACCCAUAAUGAAAAUAAAGGUGAAAAGAGUAGCCUGAGAGGCAGCCAAGCCAAAAUCAGUGUCAUCCACAAACCAGCAAGGAUUCCUCAGUAUGCCCAGUCUGCGAGGUUCCAGAUGUCACAGGAGCAGUCUUUCCUAGGCCAACCAGCUCUGAGAAAGCCACUGCAGGGCCAAAGAUUGCAACAUCGGCUUUUGCAAGGCCAGAGAAUGCCAGUCCCUGCUCACAAGAGUUCCAGCCUUCCAGAAUCUGGCUUGAGAAAUAAGAUGAAAUUCUUCCUACACUGUAUUAGCCCCAAGAUAAAAGACAAAAGACAUCAUAAACCCAUGCUGUCUAUAACUGAGAAAGUAAUCAGGAAGGAACUUGUCCAAAAGAACCUGGCUCCAGUCAAGAGUCCUAUGGAGCAAACUAAGAGAGAAAAAACAAGCGAGAAUCCCAUGACCCUAUGCACCCCCACUAAGAAGCAGGUGGUUGUGCCCUCUUUGCCAGGUCCCCAGUUCUCUGAGAAUAAGCUUCGGCAUCGCUCCUGCUCCCAUCAACAGCACUCUGAGUCAGUCCUGGGCCCACCCCGCCACUGCCCUCGACACUGUCCUCGAAUGGCUUUUGUCACUCAUCUGAGGAACCCACCUUAA